CUUUUCAUUCUUGCUUCGUUUUAUUAUAGCUCUGUAGAGUUAGAGUAUAGAAAAAUGGCCAGGACCAAGCAGACCGCUCGCAAGUCUACUGGAGGGAAAGCUCCCCGAAAGCAGCUGGCAACCAAAGCCGCCCGGAAGAGCGCCCCAGCUACCGGAGGUGUGAAGAAGCCUCACCGUUACCGUCCAGGGACUGUUGCCCUUCGAGAGAUCCGCCGCUAUCAGAAGUCAACAGAGCUGCUGAUCCGCAAGCUGCCCUUCCAGCGGCUGGUGCGGGAGAUCGCCCAGGACUUCAAGACCGACCUGCGUUUCCAGAGUUCCGCCGUCAUGGCCCUACAAGAGGCCAGCGAGGCUUAUCUGGUGGGGCUUUUCGAGGACACCAACCUGUGCGCCAUCCACGCCAAGAGGGUGACCAUCAUGCCCAAAGACAUCCAGCUGGCCCGCAGGAUCCGAGGGGAGAGGGCAUAGAUACUCGGCACUCCUAUACACGCAACAACACAAAGGCUCUUUUCAGAGCCACCAAAUCUUUCUAUAACCUAGCUGAAGCAUAAGCUACAUAUUGGUGUUUAAUAGGAAGAAUGUUAAAUCCUUUCUCUGCACGGUUUCCUUAUAGUUAGUAGUCACACAGCUCCUGGCCCCUGAUCUGUAAUAAUCCUCACCGUCCUUCCAGCUUGCCGCUGCCCUGACUCCAGUAAGGAGCCUCCUCUAUACGGCGUGCAGUCAGGGCACAUGGGCAGUCAUGGGUCUGCUAUACAGAGCUAUCCACACGGUCUAGAUGUAGCUACAGUAGAUCUCUACCUAUAGUUCUAGCACCUAGGCUCUCCAGUACUUUAUCUGGGGGCCGAGCUUUUAGCUGUGCCGCUCCGACUCUGAAACUUCCCCGCAUAGUUUGAGAGGCCCCCACUCUAGUGUCUUUCGAAACAGACUCAAGAUCUCCUGCUCUCAGUAUUGUAUGAAAAGCUUUUCUGUGCUAUAUUAUUUUCAUUCUAUUUAGCGACUUGAGUGGUAUUGGAGGAAGAUCGCUACAUAAAAUAAAUUACUGGAUGUUUGCGGGACAGUAAAGCAAUGCUACAAGUUACUUCUAAUUUCCUUCCCUUCAGUAUUAUAGCGCACACAAUGGCACUCCCUCCUAUCCCGCUACACUUGGCUAA